AUGGAGCUCGAAGAUUUGAAUGAAAUGAUCUAUGAUAUUGAGGCCUCCGAGCAGGUGAUCGAGUCAACAAUGAGUUGUCCCAACCUUGGUUUCUAUUUCUACGGUGCAGACUCGGAUCAGAUUGGAUAUGUUGGGAUUUUGCCCAAACAAAUGUGUCUGCGGUUUCUUUUCAAGACCUUGAUCUUACCAGCACGAUUCGAAGCCGCCCGACGCUCUAGGAAUGCAAAUGCCCCCUUAUUCCUACCAAACCCUUCCGAUUGUGGGCGGAGAAUUGGAGAGAGACUAGACCAGAAGAGAAAGCAUCUGAUAGUGGGGCCCUUUAACCCUUCUGAGAUAUUCGGGGCUUUGAGUCAGUUAACCACCCCAAUGCAAGGGUCACUAACUGACGCAAUUCAUCGGGACUUUUUUAUGGCUAGUCAGUCAUAUGUAUCCUCUCUAUCUCUUGUCUUUUUUUUUACCAAAGUCUCUAAGACCAUUGAUGCGCUAUCAAGUAUAGCGUACAUCAAGUUUUACUACGAUCUUAUCUUAUUUCCUUCUCUUUCAACAAAAUCAAUGGGCUAGACCUGAAAAUAUGGUUUCAUUGUUCAGCGCAUAUAAACGUGCAGGGUCAUUAUUACGCUACACGAUACACGCACGGAAAACCCUAUGUGCCCUAAGAAAGCCGAAUGACUGAGAAAGCAGAAUCAUGUCGCUGCUUCUUCUGGUCGUUCGACAACAUCGAGCGAAGCUUUACCGUUUAAAACCUCACUCUUUCCUAUCGUCAGGAAAACGAGCGGCGCUGCCGAAGAAGGCCCUGCCUGGGUUGCGGAUACCGUUUGACUUCAUAAAAUGAUCAAAUGCCAGGGGAAAAAAGACCGCGAACCUUUUGGUUGUUGGAAUGCCGACAAUUGGUUUCGGUUUUGCUUCGCAUAAUGUAAAUUCAAUAUUGAAUACCGCUGAGUGUGCAGCAUAUUGGUAGCAUGUCACUCAUACUUGAAAAAGAUCCAAGUCAAACCUCAAUUCUAACGCCUACGGCAGCAGUGAUUAAAUUUAAUGCUGAACACCAGGAAUGUUAAGUUCUUCGCCAAAACCUCCGUUUAGAGACUCGGGGCCGUCCGUGUGCGCUCAUGAGGAUAAGUGGAGUUUGAAGGGAGAUUUCAUUUGAGAAGCCCGCGGGUUUCCAUCAAGCCGAAUUCGCGAUCUAGCGUCUGAAAAAGAAGAGAUGGGGAAGGUCAAUGUAUGGAAGGCGAAGUUAUCCAGAAAUAGCCUCGAAAAAACAGGCGUCAUCUGCCGGGCGACGCACGCGGAGAUGGCGUUAUACAUGGAAAAGCUACAUCAUCAGAAAGUAUGGAGACAACACUCUUGUUGUUUGUGCGUAUGAAGAUAAGAUUAAACCUUUACGAGUGGCCUCUAUCACAGACCAAGACGAUGACCCGCCUGCUUGUUAUAUGCGCGGCGGGCCACAUUACGCUAGUUGAUGCCCAAGGAAAAACGGAAGUGCUAGCUGUCAGGCAAACCAGGUGGAAAAUGGCCAUGAAGAGACAAUGCAGGCCACCCAACUUUCGUCCACGAUCUUAUGGUUUUGAAGCUCGACAAGGGGACCAACGGAGCCGAAACGCCACAUGGUCAUAUAGACCUCCGCGGUUCCAAUAGUGUCUCUGUUCCUGCUGUAUAUCUGGUCCUUAACUAAGAGCGCACGUCUUAUGCGAUAGCGGUUUACGCUAGCAUACCUGUCGGACAAAGACAUAGCGCUUCACAAGAUUCUGGAGCAUAUUGAAAAGGCAACAGGCCAGUUGCCUGGUGUAUAUGAUAAAGGGAAUGAAGCAGUCAUCGGGAAUCUCACUGUGAAGUGUCAACUAUCAACUCGACAAAGCUCAGCAACGCUUCUACAUGGCUGUACAAGCCAACGACCAUGCAUGUCAGGAAGCAGAGGAAAUCCUUGAGAAGUUGCUGAUCACUAAUGACACUGACGAUGAUGCAGAGACCACAGUCUAUGAUGCCAUCAGAAUGAACAGUGUUAUGAUAACGACUCAUUUGUGAGGAUCUGUCAUACAGAUGACAUUGCUGAGAAUUAUUCAGCUAUGGAUGAUUGUACGGCGACGUCUCUAGCGCUUGCUCGUCAGACUUGAGACCAUGCGGCAUUCUUGAAUGGAUGGAGGCGGGAAUCUAACCGCCUGCUAGAUAAGAGGGGAAACGUCCAUUCUGUCUCGUCAAUGAAAAGCGCCGAGAGUGAAGCGGCCUUUGGCUUUUGUCAUCUUUUUCAAAGGCGAAGCUUUUAUGAUCCAUGGACCCGACGAUGAGCGUGUCUCUUCGGGCGACGACGCUAUUUUUAUACGCGUCCGGACGAGGUGACUACGGCAUGCUCGGGCUGAAGGAUGUCUUCUCUGUCUCUUCCUCUGUUGAAGAGACAAAAACAUUCUUGUUAAUCAAAACUUUCUCGGACAAUAACCGUCUUGUCCCAUCUUGGGCCUCCUGAAGAAAUACCAUCCAAUGUAUGGACUAUUUAUCGACAACGUGAUUCCAAUAUUGUCCAAAUCCCAAGAUACCCACCCAGGGUUGAAGAGAUGUCAACUUCACGUUAUCACCUUAAUGUUUACCAAGACUCUUAGACUACAAUCUUUCUUCUCAUAGUGUAUUUCUUACGCCGGAUUUUGUAUGUUAAUCGUCAGAGGGUGUUACAAUCACGUAUGCCCGACUCGCCGACUGCAUCGCAUCAUCAUCCAGUCAUUGCUGAAGGCAUAAACUCUUCACCAAACGCCCGCGUGUACCCCACACAAAAGGAUUGGCCCUUGCUUUGAGUCUGUACAAUGUAGGGAGCCAGGAAAUCCACGGUUCAUCAAUCCGUCCAUGACAAAAGAGGUCACACGUGGGCAUUUAUUGUGGUGGUUCCAGUCUUUUCUGGAAUUGGGUCUGAGAGUAUGCGGUAGCUUUCCACCCCAAAAAGCGGUCCUUAUGGCUCUAUGUACAGGGGACCCAAACCACACAAAUCACAGAUAUAUGACUGGAAUGCUAGAAAUCUUACAAUCCCCGAUCUCCCGCGGAUGAAGCAAACGUCAUCAAAAAUACACCAACCCCCCUAAAAGGUGGGGGGGUUGUCUUCAAUCAUGCAAUGAUUCUAACAACCCCCAUCAUUCUAGACACAGUACUUCCCGCGCUGGCUUCUGGAUCUAUCAAAUAUGGGUGCUCGUACGCGUGGUUGAUGAUGUGUCUGAAACUCAAGACGACAACCAAUCCCUUCGAAUUGUAGACAGGCCAUUUUGAAGUUUGCCGAAAGAAACCAAAGCCGUGUUCAUCGACUGCGCAAACGGAAUUGAUUCUCUGUAACAUAGGCUUAUCACGGCUGGAGCUCGAAAUUGGCACGUCCGUCCAAAUAUAUUAAUCGAUAGAGGAUGGGAAUUGGGUGAUGAUUAGAUCGAUCGCUCACCGUUAUGCUUGAUUUUGUAUAAGAGGACAUAGAUGUUGUCUCGUCUUGUUAGCAUCCCCUCAAAUAGCAACUCGGCUCAGGAGGUCAUCAGCAAAGAGCUAGCUCGGUCUUUACAUAUCUGUUUUUCUGAGGAAUCAUGAUCUAUCAUGGAUUCCUGCGGGGAAGGAAGGGUACAAGGUAUUGACGUUCUCCUUCCAGUGCGGCUCGACCAGCCUGAAUCUCCACCAUGGCCCCAAAUAUGAUAACCGCCUCAAUUUUGUUCUUUAACAAAAUCAACUGCAUCUAUUACUAUGUUUUGCACAGGUCAGACUAGUUGGUGUCUCCUUAGUGGAACGCCAUGUGGUAGUGGUCCUGGAAAUAUCAUAGGAUGAUUGAAGCCUACGCUGAUUUAUUUAGAGAACAUGUGCUUUAAGCGGCGCAUUUUGGGGUGUGAACAGUUUGCCGUUAGAGUCAAAAGUAUGCUCAAAAUGGGUGGUAACGGUUAACAAUAAGGAAAGACAUAGAGAUCAUUCAUAUAUGCACAAAAGUUUGACUAUAUCUAGUGGCUAGAGACAUCUCCUAAUUAAUUAUCCUUUGUCAAGGGACUGAAUCUUGUUUCUUUGAUUGACAUAGACUGUGCACUUUCUCAUCUCGCGCAGCACAAUUUGUCUCCCUUCUGCCCUCCGUUCCUUGACACCAUUUCACUCUCAUCUUUUCGACACUCUAGUGUAGAGUGAGAUCGAGUGAUAACAGGACAAUGGGCGGCGUGGGCGAUGUUCCGGCGGAUAUCCGCUGAAAUCCUCAUCCAGCACUAGUCCUAAAUCCUGGUGUGAAAAGUAGCAAUAGAGGAUUCUCUCCUACUGGGUAAGGGACACAAAUCAUUCCACUCGAGGCAACAUGUUCCGGC